AUGAGUGAAUCCUAGCUAAUUGAAAAGCUUCAAAAAUAUGGUAAUAAGAAAGGAAUGUAUGAGAAUGAUCUAUUAAAUUCCUCCUAGGAAUGCAGCUAUAAGAUUAGCACAAGUCCUAGGUUUCAUAAAUAUCAUCAUCAAUCGCCUGUCAUUUAUCAAUCUCCUGCUAAUGUUUCAUCAUCCUUAGAACAUUAUCCCUUUGAUAAAGAAGAUUUAUAAAUCAAAGACCCUCAAGGUGAAAUACGCUUCUUGCUUAACAUCAUAGAUUAAUUGUAAUAUGAUUUAUAGAUGCAAUACAAUGACAGCGAGAUGAUUAAAAAGAAGUAUUAAGAAUUACAAUAUUAAGUUCAGAAGAUGCAAAGCAAUGUUUUCAAAGAGUAAGAAUAAUAUGAAACGAAGCAAUUCUGUGAUUAAUUAGAUAAACAAAACAAAUAAUUAAAUAAUGAGAAUAACACACUCAAAAAAAAUUACUAAGAAGUUUAAUAAAAAUAUCUUGAUUGCUAAAAGGAAUUAGAUAAUUUAAAACUCAAUGCUUCUGAACUACUAAUUUAAAAUGAAGGACUAUAUUCUCUAUUAAACUCUUUAAAAGAUAAACAUUAAUUCGAUAUUGACAGUCAAGCAAAACAUUUUGAACUUAUUAACCAAAAAAAAAUUGAUGAUGAAGUCUAUGUCGUUCAGAAAUAAUACAGAAGAGAAAUUGAAACACAGAAUUCUAUCUCAGAUUCAUACAAAAAAAAAAUAGAAGACCUAACGAAUGAGUGUGAGAUUAAAUCAAAGAAAUUAAGUCAAUAGCAAGAGCUUAAUUUAAAACAAGAAUUAGAAAUUGAGAUUUUAAAUGGAAAAUUAAUAAGAUAUUAAAAAUUGGAAUAAGAAUUAGUAGAUAUUGAUACUCUAUUCCAAUAAAAAAAUAGAUUGUGCUAAUAACUGGUUUAGGAAAACUAAAAAUUAGGGGAAGAGUUGAAGUACUAAAAAUAAUAAAUAUAGUAAUUGGAUUCUUCAUUUAAGUUAUAAUAAAAUAUUUUAGACAAGGAAAGGAAUGACUAUAUUGAUAGAAUUAAAUAAUUAUAAAAAUAGUUAGACGAAUUAUCAAAUGUUAAUAAUGAAUUCAAAAAAAAAGAGUUGGAACAAUAAAGAUUGCUAAAUAAAUUAUCAGAAUAUGGAGAUGAAAACAUGAGAUUAUUGGAAUAAAACACUUUUAUCUUGGAUAAGACAAAUGACUCAGAGACAUUAAGAGUUAAUUAUAAGAAUUUAGUUAAAAAAUAUUAUAAUUUAAAAAGUGAAAAUGAUGGAUUAGUAUAAGCAAUAAAUUCACACAUAACUAAUAGUGCUAUUUUGCAAAGAUAAUUAUCAAAUGCAAUUAUUGAGAAAAAUGAAGUUAUUACAAACCUGCAUUAUACUUAAUAACAAUUACUUAAUUUGUAAUACUCAAUAAGUCAUUGA